AGGAGCCAUAUAUUGAAGACCAUGUCUGGGAGCUUCUACUUUGUAAUCGUUGGCCAUCAUGAUAAUCCAGUUUUUGAAAUGGAGUUUUUGCCAGCUGGGAAGGCAGAAUCCAAAGACGACCAUCGUCAUCUGAACCAGCUCAUAGCUCAUGCUGCUCUUGACCUCGUAGAUGAGAACAUGUGGCUGUCGAACAACAUGUACUUGAAAACGGUGGACAAGUUCAAUGAAUGGUUUGUGUCAGCAUCUGUCACUGCGGGGCAUAUGAGAUUUAUUAUGCUUCAUGACAUAAGACAAGAAGAUGGAAUAAAGAACUUCUUUACUGAUGUUUAUGAUUUAUAUAUAAAGUUUUCAAUUAAUCCAUUUUAUGAACCCAAUUCUCCUAUUCGAUCAAGUGCAUUUGACAGAAAAGUGCAGUUUCUUGGGAAGAAGCACCUUUUAAGCUGAAUGCAGGGAAUUCUGAAACAAACGAUGUCACCACAGUGGUGUAUACUCAGGAGUGUGUGCAAUAUAAGUUACUUGAUUAAAUAGCCUGGAAAACUUUUGUGUAGUCUUAGCUUAUCUAAACCUAAUGAAAUUCCUUUUAUAUUUAAAAA